AUGGGCCUCUCCAAAACCAACAGGAUUCUGAUCCUGUUGGUGAUUGAUUCGGCCUUCUUCCUGCUGGAAUUGAUCGCUGGUUACUCCGUCCACUCCCUUGCCCUCGUCGCGGAUUCGUUUCACAUGCUGAAUGAUGUGAUCUCUCUACUCGUUGGAUUAUGGGCCGUCAAAGUUGCCAACCGCGGAACGUCCUCUAAAAUGUACACCUACGGAUGGCAACGAGCCGAAACCCUCGGUGCUCUCGUCAACGGUGUCUUCCUCGUCGCUCUGUGUCUAUCCAUCUUCCUCGAAGCAAUACAAAGAUUGGUCGAGCCGCAGGAGGUCAAGAACCCGAAGCUCGUCUGCGGCGUGGGAUGCGCCGGGUUGGUGUCGAACAUCCUGGGAUUGGUCUUAUUCCACGAUCAUUCGCACGGCCACGGUCAUAGUCAUGGACACUCUCAUGGCGACGAGGAGGACGUUGAUGCUGCGGAGCAAGGCCAUAGCCACGAUCAUGGCCACUCCCACGCGGAGCGCGGAGCUAGCCAAAUUACCGAACCAACCGCCGCGUACUCCCGCCGUCGAACCCUUGACAGCCAACACCGCAGCUCUCGCCGUGGCUUCGGAGAUAUUGGUGGCCACCCCGCUAGCAUGAGACAGGAUAUUAUUAUCGCAGCCAACCGAAACCAGUUCCCGGAUGAUGACGAGAGCUUCGAUUCAGACGAUCGCGCCGAGGACAGCGGAGACAACUUCGGGCCCACUGAACGUUCGACGCUGCUGGGUCACAAGGAUCGAGCGGCCAACUAUACUGCAGAGCACGCUCACGUCAGAGAUCUGGCAAAGAACGACCCGCACAAGUCUCACAAUCACGCCCAACCUAAGCCAAAGGACAAAAAUCACGGACAUGAUCUCAACAUGCGGGGCGUUUUUUUACACGUUAUGGGCGACGCCUUGGGCAACAUUGGUGUCAUUGCCUCUGCUCUCGUCAUCUGGCUGACCGAUUAUUCUUGGAGAUUCUACGUCGACCCUGGUAUUUCCCUUGUCAUCACUGUCAUCAUCCUAGCGUCGGCAAUUCCUCUCUGCAAAGCGGCUUCUCGCAUUCUGUUGCAGGCUGUGCCGCACGGUUUGAGCAUUGACCACAUCAAGGAAGAUAUCGAAAGCCUUCCUGGGGUCAUUGGCGCCCACCAUCUCCAUGUCUGGCAGCUAAGCGACACCAAGACCGUUGCUUCAGUCCAUAUCCAAGUCGACACCGAAAUCAAGGGCGAGGGCUCCGAGCGUUACAUGGAUCUCGCCAAACAAGUGAGCCAAUGCCUGCACGCGUAUGGUAUUCGAUCAUCGACCAUCCAACCGGAGUUCCCUCGUGACAGUGAUACGGAGGACAACCAGCCAGGCUCGGCCCACUCGCACUCAGCAAUCCCCAGCCGUACUCCAAGUGUCCGCGAUGCGGAUCCCCAGGCCUGCCUCAUGGAGUGUGGCGUUGAGUGCGGGGGCGGUCACUGUUGCCCGACCAAGCCCACCUAA